AUGCAUCCAGACUCUCAGCUUCAAGACGCGGUGGCGAAGGGCUUCGACCCCAAACUCUUAUAUGAUCCUAAUCUCAACCAUGUCGAUGAACCAGUCCGAUCCAUCCUCGAGAAAUACAGCAAUAUCCCCGCAGACAAGAUCUUGGACCACGUUCGUCAACUGAGAGAUCGAGCAUUCACGAUCUUUCCAUAUGCUUGCAUCGGCAAGUUUUCCUUUCUCCAGCUUAGCAUUGCAUCUUCGCCCCUCUAUCCUGAGUUGCUCCGCCGGACCAAAGACGGAGAGAAAUUGUUGGACCUCGGCUGUGCGUUUGGUCAGGAGCUUCGCCGGCUGAUCUAUGACGGCGCACCGUGUUCGAGCCUCUACGGAUCUGAUAUUCGUCCCGAAUUCCUUGAGCUCGGUUGCGAUCUGUUCCUUGACCAUGACAAAAUGUGUGACCAACUCAUCGGUGCCGACAUCACGGAUGACAAUUCGGAUCUGGUGGUCCGUUUGAAGGGGGAGCUUGAUAUGGUAUACAUCUCCUUGUUCCUUCACGUCUUUGACUGGGACAAGCAAGUUGAAGUGGCUAAAAGAGUGCUUAACUUGCUUGCUGCUAAGCCAGGCUCACUCAUUCUCUGUCGUAUCAUGGCGUGUCGGGAUCAAAGCCUAAUCAAUGCCACCCUUGGUCGCAUGCCAUACUAUUAUCACGAUAUGUCCAGUUGGAACCGCCUAUGGGAGAAGGUUCAGCAUGAUACAUCCCUUCAACUUGAUGUGCAGAGCUGGGAGCAGCCGGAUGAGCUAGCAUCAAAGCAUCCCGUCGAGGGAGUCUAUGUUCUUGGGUCUUCAAUCAGACGAAAGUAA